CCACAUCCACACACCACCACUGCACACCCAGCCCCAUACAAAUUCCCGGUGCUGGGGAUGCACCAAAUGUACUGCCAGGGGUGUGGGGGUACACACUGAUGAUGCUGCAGCCAAACCCUGUGCCUGUGGUUUACAGCCAGCCUGUACCAAUGUGCUGCAGGCAGCAUCUUCCUCCACGUGCCUUGUCUCCAGAGGGCUGAGCUGGCAGGGUCCAUGCUGCACCGUUUGGUGUCACAGCAGUGUGUCAGUGAACCAGGCACAGCACACGGCAGCUGGUAAGGUGCUCUGGUUCUGUUGGGCUGGGGCUCUGUGGGCUGUUGACUUGGCAUAGCCAGGGAGUGCCCCUGACCCACCAGGUACCCUGAUGCCCAUGGCAGGACCCCACCCGCCGUGGUGACCUUGGCAGGAGCCCUUUAAGUGUUGGCAAUAACUGCUUCUCCCACUGCCCACAGAUGCUUGGGCUUCUGCCAGGAUAUCAGCCAGUCCCUCCCUCCCUCCUUCCCGCCCGCCUUCCUCCCAGGCUGGGACCAGUGGAGGCAGCGGGGCUGCCGUGGGAGCUGCUACGGGGCUCCUGGCACUGCCAUCACUCCUCCGUGCCUGGCUGGGAGGCCACCGGGCCAGGAGGACCUCUGCAUUGCUGUCAGACCGGGUCGGUACGGGAACAGUGGCGGCUGGGAUGCUCCCCUGGGGACUUGGUGAUGCCAGGGCUGUGCCAUGAGAUGCGGCGGGGCUGGUGAGCGGGGGGUGUGUGUGCGGCGGGGGGCUGACCCAUGGGACUUUGUCUGCCUGAGGGGCCAGGCCAGCAUGGAGCCAGCUGGCACCCUCCCCAACACCUCCAGUAACGGCAGUGGUGCCAGCAGCGCCCCACACUCACCCGCAGCCACAGGACUCAUCCUGCUGGCUGCCCUGGCCGUCCUGCUGGCCACACUGGUGGGCAACACACUGGUGGUGGUGGCCAUCUCCACCAGCCGGGCCCUGCGGGCCCCACAGAACCUCUUCCUGGUGUCCCUGGCCUCGGCAGACAUCCUGGUGGCUGUCCUUGUCCUGCCCUUCUCGUUGGCCAACGAGGUGAUGGGCUACUGGUAUUUUGGCGGCCUGUGGUGCAGCCUGUACCUGGCGCUGGACGUGCUGCUCUGCACCGCCUCCAUCGGGCACCUCUGUGCCAUUAGCCUUGACCGCUACUGGGCUGUCACCCGGGCAGCCCGCCUCAACCUGCGCCGCAGCCCCAGGCGGGUGAAGGGGAUGAUUGGGGCGGUCUGGGCAGCAGCUGCUCUGGUGGCACUGCCACCGCUCUUGUGGGCCCAGCCAGGGGGCCGGGAAUGCCAGCUGAGCCAGGAGACCUGGUACGUGCUUGCCUCCUGCGCCGCCUCCUUCUUUGCCCCCUGCCUCGUCAUGAUCGCCGUCUACUGCCGCAUUUACCACCUGACUGCCCAGCGGACGGCGGCAGUCCUCGCCACCCAUGCCCCGCGCCCUGCUGGUGCCAACAAGAAGGGGCCAGGGAUCGGGAUACCAGGCUGGCGACGCCGGAGCCAGAACCAGAGCGUGUUGUUGUGCCGGCAGCGGCUGGUGCGGGCGCGGGAGCGGCGCUUCACUGUUGUGCUGGCCGUAGUGAUGGGGGCCUUUGUGCUGUGCUGGUUCCCCUUCUUCUUCACCUACAGCCUGGGGGCUGUCUGUGGGGAGGGCUGCCAUAUCUCCAAGCCCCUCUUCAGCUUCUUCUUCUGGAUCGGCUACUGCAACAGCAGCCUCAACCCCCUCAUCUACACCCUCUUCAACCGGGACUUCCGCGCCGCCUUCCGCCGGCUCCUUGCCAUCCGCCGCUGGCACCGCACCUAAGGCCCUGCUGGGACACCGGGGACAUGGCCCCCAGCCCUGCUCGCUGCUGGCAGUGCCUGGCCUCACCACGGACUCUGGACUGCCAUGCUGGUGUUGCACUUUGAGGUACUUUUGGAAACAUGGGGUUGAAUAAAAUGAGACCAAAG